AUGUCGUUUCUUACUAAUUUACUUUUUGGUGGGGUGAAGAGCAGUGCAGACCCAACCGGUUUAUCUACAGAGAGUGGUUCAGGUAUAAUGGAAUCUAACAAUGUUGAAGAGCCAAUUGUAGCUGGUCAAUUCUAUCCUAGAACUUUAUAUAAGUUCAACGGUCAUGACGAUGAGAAAAUUUUUAUUGCUGUCAAGGGAAAGGUUUAUGAUUGCAGUUCUGGUCGUCAAUUUUAUGGUCCAAGUGGACCAUAUUCAAACUUUGCUGGACACGAUGCUUCAAGAGGUUUAGCAUUGAAUUCUUUUGAAAUGGAUUGUGUUAAGGAUUGGGAUAUGCCAAUUGAUGAUUUAUCUGGGUUAACUGCUGAAGAAAUCAGUGCCCUUAACGAUUGGGAGGAACAUUUUCAAGGCAAAUAUCCAUGUAUAGGUACUUUGGUUCCAGAACCAGGUGUUAAUAUAUAA